AUUUAGAACAAAUCAUUUAUGAAUAUAUUCCUGCUACUGACACUACCGAGGAAUUAAAAAAAACUCUUGCUAGUGGAGGUUAUGGACUAUUAGCCAGCCCCAUUGCCAAACAUUAUUUUGACCGAUAUCAAUAUCGAACUUUUGAACCUCACGAGGAUAUUUUUGUUGCUACUUUUAAGACUAAUGUUAUAAAUGUCAUAGUAGAAGUUAGAAAAAAGGAAUAUUUAACUAGCAAAAAUUACGACAACACUAAAAUAGAUGCGGGCAAUAUUAAAAAUAUAGGCAGUAAUAAUCAACAAACUAACGAACAAAAACAAAUCAAUUCUCAAUCAGUCCCCAUAUUUUCUAAUGUCGAUCUAACCUCAGGACAAUUUGGGGGAUUUCAAAGACAACAACAAUUAGCCAAUAAACAGACCGAACAAGGACAAAAUAUUCAAUCAGGAAAUUUUAAUAAAACUACCUCACGGCAAAAUCUAACUAGCAAAGAACAUUAUCGGCAAAAUAAAGAUGCCAAUGUUUCAAUUACCAAACAAGAUGCUUAUGAAUUAAAUAGUGUGAGCCGAUUGUUGAAUAAUUUCCUAAUCACAGUGAUUAAAUUAUCGGAUUAUUAUCCGUUAUUUGAUAACCAAGCCGAAUAUGAGGAAUUAGAAAUCGAAGAAACUCCAAAACCGAAAUUAGAUACUG